AUGGAACCUGUUGAUGAUACUCUAGUUAAGGAGAAAAUUCCUUCAAAAUCUGGUGUUUUUCGAAGAUUAAAGAAGAGGACUCGGGGUUCAAGAAAAUCUUCAGAUGGUUUGUUCAAAUCUUCUCCUUCAAAUGUUCGUAAACCACAACUUUCUCAUCAAGGAGUAAUUUUUCGUGAGGUUCCAGCUCCAGUUUCGCCUUUGUCAAAGAAACGUAGAGCUGAAGACGUGGCUAAACACAUUUCAAAGAAGAAGAAAAGGCAACGAAAGUUGGUUAUACAAGAGGAGUCGUCCGAAGAAGAGAUAGUUCCUGAAACACCAGAACAAUUAUUUUCAAUCUCUAUCUACUCCUGA